ACUUUGCUACCACCGUCGAAUGACGUGUAAGCUCAUGUAGUGUGUUGGCGUGCUUUAAGUGUGUCGUCUGUUGGUCACAAGGUUGUGUUGCUGCUGGUGGAGCUUGUUAAGAAACUAUGAAGGGUGGCAAACAAGCUAAAGCGUUUACGAAGGAAGAGGAACUGUUGCUACAAGAUUUCAGUAGAAAUGUGUCGACCAAAUCCUCCGCAUUGUUUUAUGGAAAUGCUUUUAUAGUUUCUGCUAUCCCCAUAUGGCUCUUUUGGAGGAUCCACAUGAUAGAUGUCUACUCAUCUUUACUAUCGUUCGUAAUUGUUACUCUCUUGAGCACAUACCUUGUUGCACUGGCGUAUAAAAAUACGAAGUUUGUUUUGAAGCAUAAGGUUGCUGUUAAACGUGAGGAAGCUGUUACCAGAGAAAUGACAAAGAAAUUGGCAGAAGAUAAGAAAAUGAGCAAGAAAGAAAAGGAUGAACGAAUUCUAUGGAAGAAAAAUGAAGUUGCUGAUUAUGAAGCCACAACGUUCUAUUUUUAUAACAAUGCACUAUUUCUGGCGCUAGUUAUAUUUUCCAGCUUCUAUAUACUAAAGACAUUUACACCUGCAGUUAAUUAUGUAUUUUCAGUUGGAGCAGCAGGUGGUUUGUUGGCAUUGCUAUCGACUGGCUCACACUGAACAGAUUUUCACAUGUGGAAAGUGUUGUCAUCAGUAUCAUUUCUCAUUAAAUGUACUUUCCAUUUUUGCAAUAAAUUAUGAAGACUG